AUGGAACCGGUUCUACAACAGCGCACUGAAGACGAGUUGCCGGUUAACCACGAUGAGAAGGUCCUCUUGUCCUUGGGUUACAAGCAAGAAUUCAAAAGAGAAUUCAGUCUAUGGAGCGCCUUCUGUGUUAGCUUCGCCGUUUUGGGGUUGCUUCCAAGCUUCGCGUCGACUUUGUUCUAUGGCAUGGGCUCCGCUGGAACCGCGGGCAUGAUCUGGGGAUGGAUAAUUGCCAUGGUCUUCAUUCAAUGCGUCGCCCUAAGUUUAGCCGAACUCUGCUCAUCGAUGCCAACAAGUGGUGGUCUCUAUUAUGCGUCGGCCGUUCUUGCUCCCCCAGGCUGGGGUCCUGUUGCAGCAUGGGCGACUGGCUGGUCCAGUUGGAUCGGACAAGUCACAGCCGCGCCUUCGGUCAACUAUGCCGUGGCAGCAAUGAUUCUCGCGGUCCUCUCGAUUGCCGAUCCAAAUUUCGAAUCAAAGAACUACCAGCUAUUCCUCCUCGCCACGUUCCUCAUGAUUGUCCAAAGUUGCCUCAGCAGCAUGCCAACCAAAUGGAUCGCCGUCUUCAAUUCCUUGGGCUCCAGUUUCAACAUGGUGGCAGUUAUCGUUGUCAUCAUUCUCAUACCUACGGCUGCCGUAACAGAUCCCAAAUUCAGACCUACUCAUCAAGUUUGGAGCGAUAUCGAAAAUGGUACGGACUUCCCUAAUGGUAUCGCUAUUUUGAUGAGUUUCACUGGCGCAAUGUGGGCGAUGUCGGGCUUCGAUGCGCCAUUUCAUCUGAGCGAGGAAUGCGCCGUUGCUGAUGUCGCCUCUCCGCGUGCCAUUGUUUUGACGUCUGCAAUCGGCGGCAUGUUUGGCUGGGUCUUGCAAGUUGUGGUUGCGUACACAGUCAUCGAUAUUGAAGCGGUCUUCGAGUCUGAUCUUGGCCAGCCGUGGGCGACUUACUUGCUCCAGGUUCUACCGAUGAAGACGGGACUUGCUGCUCUCGCAUUGACUAUAAUAGCUGGGUUCUCCAUGGGUCAAGGCUGCAUGGUUGCGGCAUCUCGAGUCACGUACGCCUACGCCCGUGACGGCUGCUUUCCCAUGUCGAAAUACUGGGCAAAGGUAAACAAAGUCACAAAGACACCGGUAAAUGCGGUAUGGUUCAACUGUCUCGUUGGCGUCUUGCUUUGCUGUCUCAUAUUUGCUGGUCAGGUGACCGUUCUAGCUAUCUUCUCCGUCGGCGCCAUUGCUUGCUUUGUUGCAUUCGCGAUCCCCAUCUCUUUGAGAGUUUUUGUUGUCGGCAGUAGAUUCCGAAGGGGCCCUUGGCAUCUUGGACACUUUGGCAAGCCGGUCGGAGUUGCUGCUGUUGGAUUUGUCGCAUUAAUGGUUCCGAUAUUGUGUUUACCUACCAAUACAGGAGGUAGUCUCAACUCUUCCAAUAUGAAUUGGACGUCUCUUGUGUACGGGGCUCCGAUGUUAGUUGCCUUACUCUGGUUCGCUGUUGAUGCCCACAAGUGGUUUAAAGGACCAAAAGUCAAUGCUAAGCAUGCUAUGAUCGGCCAAGUUAUUAAAGAACUUGAGGGUCAAGCCGAAAUUUAUUAA